AGCACAAACCUUACUCGAAAAAUUUAUUACCAUAAUGGAGAUGUUACAAUUAGGGCUUGAAGCUUGACCCGCCAAAUCUUCUCUGUUUAUCCCUCCGGCUUUGCAUUCUUAUGAAUCGGAUCCGGAUCCUCAAAUUUACUGUUUCGGCCUCGAACCGCCUCGUUCUUCGAUAAUGGCGGCGAAAUCUUCGCCCUCUGCUUCGGCGGAUAGAUCGGGAUCUCCUAAGGACUCCUCGAUGACAACUGAUGAAAAAACUCCCACUGUUAAGGAGGUUUUAUUGAUUAUUGAUUCAUUAAAGACACAGCUGACAGCUGACCGAUCUGUUUAUGUAAAGAAAAGAUUGGAAGAAAACAGACAAAAAUUGGGUGGUAUAACGUACCAUCUCUACAAAUUGUCAAAUGAACGAAGAAGUAGUUGGAUUAGUGAUACUGAUAGUGCUCCGGAUUUAUUGACAAAGAGGCAAAAAGAUGCACUAGGCAUGCAAAAUGGUAUUGAUGCAAGUAAUGGGGAUAAGGAUCGUUAUAGCUGUCAAGAAUCUUCUACAGCGGUUCUCAUGGGAUCUAGUAUUCCUGUCAAGAAUGCUGUUCGUCCUAUUAAGCUUGCAGAAGUCAAAAAGUUGCCACCUUAUACUACGUGGAUAUUUCUAGACAGAAAUCAAAGAAUGACUGAGGAUCAAUCAGUGGUGGGUCGAAGGAGAAUUUACUAUGAUCAAAAUGGUGGUGAAGCACUUAUCUGCAGUGACAGUGAAGAGGAAGUAAUUGAGGAAGAUGAAGAAAAAAGAGAUUUUGUGGAAUCUGAAGACUUUAUUGUUCGAAUGACUAUCAAGCAAGUUGGUUUGUCUGAUCCAGUACUGGAAUCACUAGCACAAUGUUUGUCUAGAAGUCCUUGUGAAGUCAAGGCAAGAUAUGAAACCCUUAUGAAGGAGGAAAAGGAUGCUGGGGCCUCUAAGAAUGGGGAUGUUGAAGUGGAAAAUUGGAAUUCUUUUCUUGAAAAGGAUCUUGAAGCAGCUCUUGAUUCUUUCGACAAUUUAUUUUGUAGGCGAUGCCUUGUGUUUGAUUGCAGAUUACAUGGAUGUUCUCAGGACCUUAUCUUUCCUCAGGCUGACAAACAAACUCCAUGGAACCAUCCAGAUGAAGAGAAUGUGCCAUGUGGCCUGCAUUGCUAUCGUACGGUUCUGAAGUUAGAAAGAAAUGGAACAGUUAGCUCACCAAUAGAUCCCGAAGAAAAGUUAAACUCUUCAUCUGAUGGUGUUGGGGCUCGAACAUCAUCCUAUAAGAAAUCUUCUGGUUCAUCUGCUAGGAGGAAGGUAAAAUCCUGCCAUAGUGAAAAUGCUUCAUCCAAUGCUAAAAAUCUUUCAGAAAGUAGUGACUCAGAGAUUGGACCUAGGCAUGAAGACGCCUCACCUAUUCCCCAGUUAUCACCUUCUAAGAAUAAAAUUGCUGGAAAAUCUGGAAUUCUCAAGAGGAAUAGCAAGCGAGUUGCUGAACGUGUUUUGAUUUGCAUGCGCAAGAGGCAGAAAAAGAUGGCAGCUUCUGCUUCUGGUUCUGCUGUGAGUGGAGGUGUUUCACCUAUAGACAUUAAACUCCAAUCUGAUGUACAAAAAGAAAAUGAAGAUGUUACGUCUUCUUCACAGAACGUGAAACCUCCAAAUACAGGACGAUCUAGGAGGAAAGAGUGGUCAUUAGGAGUCCAAGGAGAAUUUUCUGAAGUUCCUUCCAGUGAGAUGAUUAAUGGUUUGGCUCAGGCUACUAGCAAUGGUGGCCUGAGAAAAGAAGAGUUUUUGGAUGAAAACUUAUGCGAACAAGCACCAAAUGAUGAUAAAUCUUGGAAGGCUAUUGAAAAAGGUCUUUUUGAGAAAGGUGUGGAGAUUUUUGGCAAUAACAGCUGUUUGAUUGCCAGAAAUCUUUUAAAUGGAUUGAAGACAUGCUGGGAGGUUUUCCAAUACAUGACCUGCUCUGGCAAUAAACUUGCUUGCCAUGCAGCUGAUGGUGUUAUGUCUCUUCUUGAUGGGUAUUCCAAGUUUGACCUUAAUGGAUCCGUGGGAAAUAAUGAAGUAAGACGGAGAUCAAGAUUCUUGCGCAGAAGGGGUAGAGUCCGUCGUUUGAAGUAUACCUGGAAAUCAGCUGCAUAUCAUUCAAUCAGGAAAAGGAUUACUGAGAGGAAAGAUCAGCCUUGCCGGCAGUAUAAUCCUUGUAGUUGUCAAACAGCUUGCGGAAAGCAAUGUUCUUGCCUUUUAAAUGGGACCUGCUGUGAAAAAUAUUGCGGAUGCCCUAAGAGUUGCAAGAAUCGAUUUAGGGGCUGUCAUUGUGCUAAAAGUCAAUGUCGAAGUCGUCAGUGUCCAUGCUUUGCUGCAGACAGGGAAUGUGACCCAGAUGUUUGUAGAAACUGUUGGGUCAGUUGUGGAGAUGGCACUGGUACUCUUGGAGUUCCUCCACAAAGAGGUGACAAUUAUGAAUGCAGAAACAUGAAGCUUCUUCUCAAACAACAGCAAAGGGUCUUGCUUGGAAGAUCAGAUGUUUCUGGAUGGGGAGCUUUCUUGAAGAAUAGUGUUGGCAAGCAUGAAUACCUUGGUGAGUACACUGGGGAACUGAUUUCACAUAGGGAAGCGGAUAAACGUGGAAAGAUAUAUGACCGUGAAAAUUCUUCAUUUCUCUUCAACCUGAAUGAUCAGUUUGUUCUUGAUGCUUAUCGAAAGGGUGACAAGUUGAAGUUUGCGAAUCAUUCUCCUGAUCCUAAUUGCUAUGCAAAGGUCAUUAUGGUUGCUGGGGAUCACCGGGUGGGAAUAUUUGCGAAAGAACGAAUUAAUGCUGGAGAGGAACUUUUCUAUGACUAUCGUUAUGAGCCUGACAGAGCUCCUGCAUGGGCAAGAAAGCCCGAGGCAUCUGGUUCCAAAAAAGAGGAAGUUGCUCCUUCAAGUGGACGUGCCAAGAAGCUUGCUUAACCCAACCAUUCAUUUAAAUCCUAAAUUCAAAAUUCUUUUGCCAUUCUUUCACAGGUAGAAGGAUCAUUCUCAUUCUCAUUGAUAGAUGAUAGGAGAGGUGAAUAUUCUCUCAUUUUGUUGGGCACUCCAUUGUCAUCUCUACCCAUAACUUAUUUGAUUUUUUUUUUUAAUAUAUGCUUUAUUGCAAUCUUGAACUGGGGAAAAAACAAAGAACCCGCCACUUACCAUCUUUCAAUGGAUCAACCUCACUUUGAAAUGCCAUCUUUCAAUAGUAGAGAUCUUUUUGUUAUAAGAGGGUGAGUGUUGCUGUAUAAGAAAUUAAGGAAACAACGCAAGUGUAAUUAAUUCCAAACUAAAUGAAUGAUUAAAUAGAUAUUAAUUUAUAAAAUUUAACA